AUGGAUUAUGGACUGGAACCCAAGGUGGCAAAUCUACUGCCUUAUUUAUUGGAUAAUCUUCAUGAGUUGCAUAUAGUUUUUCUGAGCAUGGAGGAACCAGUGUUUCCGAAAGAGGACCUCUACACUUAUUGCUUUAAAAAUGGUUUCGUUAAUGUGAUUUUGAUUUUCGGGAAGGAUCUCUACAGCUAUCUGCCAUAUCCAUCCAUUCAACCUAUUAAGCUUUUAAAUAUAACAAAGUAUAUUAAUACAAGAAGGACUAUACGCAAUUUUCAGGGAUAUCCCAUUCGCACCCUUCGAAGCAAACUAGCGCCUCGCGAUUUUGAGUAUUUUAACGAUCGAAAUGAGCUUGUUCGUGGUGGAUAUUUAUUCACGGCUAUCAAGGAGUUUUCGUAUCGCUAUAAUGCCACAAUUGAGAGCGUUCCUGUGCCCGAAGUAUCUGAAAAUGCAUCGUACGGUGUUAUUUUUGAGAUGAUGAUAGCCAAAAAUGUCGAUAUUGUUUGCUAUUUUACACCGGUUGUAUUUUGGAAUAGUGUGCCCCACACAGCACCGAUUUCGAUCGUCACAGAGUACUUCAUCGUUCCCCAUGCCCGUCCGAUUUCCAGUUAUCUGUACUACUCCCGACCCUUCAGAUGGACUCUGUGGUUGGUCGUGGCCUUGACUGUCAUCUAUGGUUCCCUGAUGCUGUAUCUGAUUUCGGGACGGGCACGAAACGAGAUCGGGGAGUGUCUAUUGUAUAGCCUGAGCCACAUCCUGUAUAAUGGCCAACAAACAAUCAGGAUUGCAGACUGGAGGGAAAUAGUUAUUCAUGUUAUCCUUACAAUCGGUGGUUUUGUACUUACCAACGUCUAUCUAGCCACGCUCUCCAGCAUUCUUACAUCGGGAUUGUACGAGGAGGAGUAUAAAACACUGAACGAUCUGGCCAAAGCUCCAUAUCCCAGUCUGCAUGACGAUUUCUACAGGAUACAAUUGGAGGCGAAAACCUUUCUUCCCGAAGCUGUCCGCCGAAACAGCAUGACCCUUAAUGCAUCCUUGCUGAUACCAUAUCGCGAUGGCCUCAACAAAAACUACAUGUACUUGCUGUACGAGGAUCGCCUGGAGCUGAUCCUGAUGCAGCAAUAUCUGCUGAAGACGCCGCGAUUUAAUAUGAUUCGUCAGGGUGUGGGAUACGCCCUUGAAACCUAUUGCGUGUCCAAGAGUUUACCCUAUCUGGAAAUGACCAGUGAGUUCAUGAGGCGUCUGCAUGAGCACGGAAUCAACAUCAAAAUGAAGGCCGACACAUUUCGGGAGCUGAUCCAACUCGAAGUUUAUACCCUUAUGCGGGAUGAUGAACCCCAAGCCAAGGCAUUUGACCUCGAGUUUUACUACUUCGCCUUUGGUUUGUGGAUUACCUUAGUAUUUAUCAAAAUGUUAUCUUUUUUACUGGCGUCGGUUUUCAUCCUUGCGAUUGGUGCUCCUAAUUCGGAGUCCACUCAAGUGUUAUAUGAACUCAAUCGGGCUCUUCGAACAGAACUCAAUGUAUUCAUUGAUUUUGACGAUUCUGGUAGCUCAUAUACCCUUCACAGUCUGGACACACCCAGAAUUCAACUCACUUCAAAAUUUGAGGAGAGUACGAAUCUUCGAAUACGUGGAAAUUUUACGGAAAACGCUCUAAUAAUAGUAAAAUUAUUGGAUUAUGGACUGGAUCCCAUGGUGGCAAAUCUACUGCCUUCUUUAUUGGACAAACUUCAUGAGCUAAAUAUAGUUUUUCUGAGCAUGGAGGAACCAGUGUUUCCGAAAGAGGACCUCUACACUUAUUGCUUUAAAAAUGGUUUCGUUAAUGUGAUUUUGAUUUACGGCAUGGAUCUUUACAGCUAUCUACCAUACCCAUCCAUUCAACCAAUUAAGCUCUCAAAUAUUUCAGAGUAUCUGAAUAGAAGGAGAAUUAUACGCAAAUUUCAGGGAUAUCCCAUUCGCAGUCUUCGAACCAAACUAGCGCCUCGCGAUUUUGAGUAUUUUAACGAUCGAAAUGAGCUUGUUCGUGGUGGAUAUUUAUUCACGGCUCUCAAGGAGUUUUCGUAUCGCUAUAAUGCCACAAUUGAGAGCGUUCCCGUGCCCAGAGUAUCUGAAAAUGCAUCGUACGACGCCGUUGUGGAUAUGCUGACAGCGAAAAAUGUAGAUAUUAUUUGCUAUUUGACACCGUUUGGACUUUGGGAAAGAGUGGCCCACACAGAACCUCUUUCGAUCGUAACACAGUACUUCAUCGUUCCCCAUGCCCGUCCGAUUUCCAGUUAUCUGUACUACUCCCGACCCUUCAAAUGGACUCUGUGGUUGGUCGUAGCCUUGACUGUCUUCUAUGGUUCCCUGAUGCUGUAUCUGAUUUCGGGAAGGGCACGAAACGAGAUCGGAGAGUGUCUACUGUAUAGCCUGAGCCACAUCCUCUAUAAUGGCCAAGAAACAAUCAGGAUUGCCGGCUGGAGGGAAAUAGUUGUUCAUGUUAUCCUUACAAUCGGUGGAUUUGUACUCACCAACGUCUAUCUAGCCACGCUCUCCAGCAUUCUUACAUCGGGAUUGUACGAGGAGGAGUAUAAAACACUGAACGAUCUGGCCAAAGCUCCAUAUCCCACUCUGCUUGACGAUUACUACAGGAUAGAAUUGCAGGCGAAAGACUUUAUUCCCGAAGCUGUCCGUCGCAACAGCAUCACCCUUAAUUCAUCCCUGCUGAUAGCAUAUCGAGAUGCCCUCAAUGAAGACUACAUGUAUUCGCUGUACGAGGAUCGCCUGGAGCUGAUCCUGAUGCAGCAAUAUCUGCUGAAGACGCCGCGAUUUAAUAUGAUUCGUCAGGGAGUGGGCUAUGCCCUUGAAACCUAUUGCGUGUCCAAGAGUUUACCAUAUCUGGAAAUGACCAGUGAGUUCAUGAGGCGUCUGCAUGAGCACGGAAUCAACAUCAAAAUGAAGGGGGACACAUUUCGGGAGCUGAUCCAACUGGGAGUUUACACCCUGAUGCGGGAUGAUGAACCCCCGACCAAGCCAUUCGACCUCCAGUUUUACUACUUCGCCUUUGGUUUGUGGGCUGUGGGUCUAUCCGUAUCUGUUGUGGUUUUUUUCACGGAAGUUGUUAGGAGCCGAUUUUGUAGUAAUAUUUCUUAA